AUGCCUUGGGAGAUCGACUUGGCGACGACCCUGGAGCCUUCGGAGAUGCUUCGCCUCUUCCCUCGAGCUCUCGACACGGGCAGCCAGUACGGCACAGUGACGAUUAGAAAGGGAGGAGUCAGCGUGGAAGCGACCACGUACUCCAUCGUGUCACUUACGACAUGCUCGUUCAGGCUGCGAGCUGACGGGACUUACGGCUACGCCGAGACUUCACUAUCAAUGCGAUGGCGGUGCUUCUCGCGCCCGCUCGCACUCGAUCUCAUCCUCCUUCAGCACGAUGUGAAGCAGAGUAUUCUCCGAGCUGUCGGGGAUGCCAAGGAAAGGCUGCGAGAGGAUGGGCUUCGAGCAAUGCGAGCAUAUCGGUUCAUGGACGGCAAGUCCGGGCAGAGACACGCGGACGAGUCGCUGCGAGUAGCUCUAAGAGGAUCGUCCAAGCUGCUGGCUCGCGUCUCCAAGGAGAGAAUCUGGACUGAAUUCUCAAAGAUCCUCGCGGGCCCUCGAGCCCCGCUCGUCGUUAGGAGGAUGGCAGAGGAUGAAGUCCUCAGCUCCGUGACGCUGCUCCCUGUCUCUCCGCGCGGCCUUCGUGCCCUGGAGUGUCUUAGCUGCAAGGACCUGCCCCUCUGGGCUGAGCAAGCGACGGAGAUGGAGAGCUCGCACAAGGUUCAGGUCGCUCAGUAUGACAAGCAGCUGACGGGAAGGCAGUCGUACAAGGAAGAUGUUCUGAUGAACCCCAAGCCUCCCAAGAAGCCUCAGCCUCACUCGCACUACGCCUUCAUCGACUUUGAGGCGACGUGCGACGAUAGGAGAGGUGAAGUUGGGGAGAAGGAAGCUGAGGCCAUGCCAGGCUUCUCGCCCUCAGAGAUCAUCGAAUUCCCCGUCGUCCUCGUUGAGUCCGCCUCGGGAAAGGUCGACUCGGCCCCGGAGUUCAAGGAAGUUCUUGCCAACAUGCUGGACUGGUUGGCUGAGCUGGGGCUGCCGGAGGGGUCGGUCAUGUUUGCAACUGAUGGCGACUGGGACCUUCGCUCGAUGCUGCCCAGGCAGUGCGAGCUGGCGGAGGUGCCGCAGCCUGUGGCCCUUCAGCGUUGGGUUGACAUCCGGCGAGUCUUCUCCGAGACCCUUAAGACUGGAAACAAGGGGCUGAUGAGCAUGUGCCAAGCGCUGGGAAUCAACUUCGUCGGGCAGGCUCACUCGGGGAUCUGCGACGCUCGAAACAUCGCAAGAGUAGGUCUGGUGCUUAUGCAGGAGCAUGAUGCCGUACUUUCGUCCAACAGUCAGAUCAAGGAACUAGACUCCAGCAGGAAGGAGCAGACGGUGGAGGAGGCCGCGACCUACGAUGAGCAGCGAGAAAGCUCGAUCUGCGCGCGCAUGUCACUCCUGGUUGCACAUGUGGGCUUUGCCGAGCUUGAAGACGCUCUUCGUAGGAUGAAGCUGUCGCGAGACGAGAUGAGGAGAGUCAGGACGCACGUGAAGCUCCUCGGCUUCUUGCCGCAUCCUCGCAGCCCAGGAGAACUUCGUCGCUACCGUGCUAUUCUCGGCUCUCAGCUCGUCAAGAUCCAAUUAAAGUUGGAAGCCGCUUGGGCAGCAGCAGAUGAAAGCGAGGAGAAGGAGAAGAAGAUGCGACUAGUGGAAGACGUGGAGCGUGAACUCUCAGCUCUGCCUCCUCUCAAGGCUCCCAACAGUCCACAGCCUCUUGUCUCAGGAACGUGGCUGAUGAAGGUGGGGGGAGUCGCUCCUGGGCCACUGGUGGGUCGUCUGAAGGAUUAUCUUCAUUACUGCCAGGUCGAUCAAGACCUCGAGACUCCCGAGCAGGUCCAGCAAGUCUUCCACGACAUCGAGCUGCUCGCCCGCGACAUGGAUCAGCUCUCCUACUCUGCGCACUUGGAAGGCCUUCCGCGCCUCCAGUGGCCACCAGCGUGA